GGAGCCUCCCCAGAGGCCAGUGCGCAGCUGAGGAGCUGGACGGAAGGUUUGCUCCGCCCCCAGAGACUCGGAAAGCCACCAUGGAGGGGUACCACCGGCCCUGCGAUGAGGUUGGCUUCAAUGCUGAUGAAGCCCAUAAUAUAGUCAAAGAGUGUGUUGAUGGAGUCUUGGGUGGUAACGAUUAUAAUCAGAAUAAUAUCAACCAGUGGACCGCAAGCAUAGUGGAACAAUCUAUAACACAUUUGGUCAAACUGGGGAAAGCUUACAAGUACAUUGUGACCUGUGCAGUGGUCCAGAGGAGCCCAUAUGGAUUUCACACGGCCAGCUCCUGUUUUUGGGAUACAACAUCUGAUGGAACCUGUACCAUCAGAUGGGAGAACCGUACCAUGAACUGCAUCGUUAAUGUUUUUGCAGUUUCGAUUGUCCUGUAACCUGUAAUGCACUAAAAAUGUGUUGGGUUAAGGCCGUUAACUUAAGUUUGUGAGUGUAUCCUUUCUAAAAAAAGAGUAACAAUUCCUUAUUAAUGUGCUAGAUGACACGUGUGCAAUAUGCUUCAAAGCUAUCAACAGAGAACUAAAUAUUGUAAGCAGAAGUCUAAUAGGCAGUUGGCAGAUUAUCUCGUAUUCUAUACAGCAUCAGUUAAGGACAUAAAAUGUUAGCCAACAAUUAAUGCAGAAAUAUGGCUGACCUAAACUUAGAAUCUUCUACUUAUACAAGCCUUUCACUGGCAUUAUGUUCCCCCGGAGAUGGGGAAAUCUAUUUAGAUACUAACAUUAUCAUUAACUAGAAAGCAUAACAGGGAUAAAUAUAUGAACAAAUAACUACAAGGAGAAAUGCAGAGAAAAAUAACAUGAAGUACCUAAUACCUUUCUGAUUUAAGUUUUCUUCCUUUGUUGAAUUGCAUAUAAUAGUCCAUAGAGAGUAAUUUUGUCAUACACACACACCUGCCCCAUCUAACUAGUUUUGUUUUCCUGAGAACUGACAAAUCCAUUGUUUUUUUUUUUAAUGUCAGUUUCUUACAUUUACACUUGAGGUGGAAUUAAAUAUGAUUGACCAGAUUUCCUGGGUGAGCAAAAUUAGUUAAGUAUAUGAUCAACAGUAUAUGACUCAGACAACUGCCUUACAAUCCAUUGCUUCCACGAGGGACAGAUGGGUAUCUAUCAAAUGUGUGCUCUGCAUGUUUUUCUCCAGGCAGACAGCUCUUAAUGUGGUGUUCACGUGGUGUGCACAUGGCCUUCAUGUGGCAAGUUGGUUUUGGUAGCUGUUCAGUUGGAAAAACCAGUGUUUAUGUUUGAAGAAGAACAAAAGAAAGAAAGGAAAGAGUCUCGCCCUCCAUGGAAAAUUAAGCAGAAGGAAAAUACCUUGGUGACAGAAUUAUAGAUACAGAUUUUAAGGGUUGCUUCCCACAAAGUAAUACAUCAGAUAUGCAACUCUUACUUAAAGGCCUUAUUAGUAGUCUUAGCUAUACAAUGAUAAAUUUUAUCAUUGAAUUAGUUUCAACUAUGUGUGAAUAAUUUAAAAAUACUUAUGUAGAGUUAGGACAAAUGGGGUAGAAUAUACAUUAAAAGUGAACAAUCAUUAGCAGGUUAUCUAAUAUCUCAGGGCUUAUGAAAUAUAGUUCAAUUUAUUUAAAAAAAUCAAAAAUAAACAUUAGGAUUCACAGCUGGCCACCAAAUGCAAAGUCAGUCUGCCAUUUAACCUUGAAAAUGAAAUCAACUUCGCAUCUUAGCAUUGACACGCAAUCCAUGUAAACACUGGAAUCCCAUGUCAUUGAAGUUUUAGGGGAAGGAAAAGUUUAGUAGUAAUGGCAACAACAUUAAGACAGGAUUCUUGUAUGAAGACUAUGCGCAUGGUUGACAUUUUGCAGAAUAACUGUAAUGACAAGAAUGCAAAGAUGGGGUUUAAUGAGGUGACCUGUAGCUUUGGCACAUCCGAGGUUCUUUGUCAUUACCUUUAUGUUACUUUAUGCUGCUGGCUCUUGUACCUUGCGAAAUUGUAACAGUGACCAAAUUAUCUGUGCAGUUAAGGCUUACUCUUUGAUUAUUGUUGUUGAAGGCUCGUUUUCAAAGUAUCAAAUCAUACCUCGUGAGCUUGCUAUCUGCUGUUUCCAGUUAAAAAUAUAAUAAAGACUAUGUUAUUGUGCUGAA